UGCUCUGAGUCCUCUUUGGGGUGAGAAGGGUGGGAUAUAAAUGUAGUAAAUAAAUGCAGUAAAUAAUAAAUAAAUAAAUAAAUUUUAGACUUAGGCUCACCCAAAGUCUGAAAUGACUUGAAGGCACACAACAACAACAACAACAACCCUAAUUAACUUGACUAUCUCAUUGGCCAGAAGCAGGACCACACUUCCCAUUGAAAUCCUGAUAAAUGUAUGUUGGUUAAAAUUGUCUUUAUUUUUAAAUAUUGUAUUGUUCUUUCAUUGUUCUUGUUCUUGUUGUUGUUGUUUUUGCACUACAAAUAAGACAUAUGCAGUGUGCAUCGGAAUUUGUUUGUAUUUUUUUUUUCAAAUGAUAAUCCGGCCCCUCAACAGUCUGAAGGAUUGUGGACCGGCCCUCGGCUUAAAAAGUUUGAGGACCCCUGGUCUAACUCAUUGAUAGAGACAUAGCGUGGCACAUUGUACUUCUGCUGGGAUCCCAGUAAGGGUCUGGGCAAGGGAAGGGUGUCCCUAAUGUUCACCUCGUGCUUCCUGCAGGUCUGAGGGUCACCUGAGGACACGGAGGUGGUGGCGGAGGGAUGGUGUCCCCGGCGCUGGCGUUGGCCUUCCUGCCCUUUGUGGCCACCCUACUCAUCCGCUACCGGCACUACUUCUUGCUCUUCUACCGAGCGGUCCUGGUGCGGCACCUGAGGGACUUCCUGACCGGCCUCCCCCGGGAGGAGCGCGCCUUCCAGUACCUGCUGACCCACGCCAUCCCCGGGGACCCCCAGCACAUCCUGGAGACCUUUGACCAGUGGAGCACCCACUGCGAGUACCUCAGCAACCUGGGCCCACAGAAAGCCAAGAUCCUGGAGCGGCUGAUCUACGAAAAGGCCCCGCUGACCGUCCUGGAACUGGGCACCUAUUGUGGCUAUGGCACGGUGGUCAUUGCGCAGGCACUGCCACUGGGCGCCCGGGUCUACACCGUGGAGAUGGACAGCCGCAAGGCCGCCGUGGCCGAGAAGGUCAUCCGCCUGGCCGGCUUCGACGACGACACGGUGGAACUGAUUGUGGGCUCCUCAGAGGAGGUCAUCCCGCAGCUGAAGGAGAAGCAUGGCUUGUUCCACGUGGACCUGGUCUUCAUGGACCACUGGAAGCGCUGCUACCUGCGCGACCUGCAGCUGCUGGAGGCCCACGGACUUCUCCCUGAAGGGGCCUCCAUCCUGGCCGACAACGUCAUCUUCCCAGGAGCCCCCCACUUCCUCCAAUACGUCAAGGCCUGCGGGAAGUACAAGUGGAGGGUGCACCGGACCAGCCUCCAGUACUUCCGGGCCAUUCCCGACGGGAUGGCGCAGCUCACCUACACCGGGGAAGAGUGAGGAGGGAGGGGGUAGCGAACCCGCUCAGGUGGAAGGGGUCCCCAAGAGGCCAUCUAGCCUGAUCCCAGGCAAAGGGUCACAUUGGACCUCAGUUUCAAAACUUGCAAAAAUGGAGAGUCCUUCCAGAAAACUGCUUAACUGGAAAGGUACCCCCAAAGGCCAUCUAGUCUGACCCUAUUCUGCCAUAGAGGCAUGUAAAUUGAACGUAGACUCGGAAGGGACCCAUUCAAAAUAACAAAGAUGGGAGAGUCCUUCUAGAAAACUGUUCAGCUGGAAGGGAACCCCAAAGGCCAUCUAGUCUGACUCUAUUCUGCCGUGGAGGCAUGCAAAAUGGAUGCACUCUUGGAAGGGUCCUAUUCAAACUCAGUUUGAAAACUUCCAGAGAUGGAGAGUGUAAAGGACUAUGAACGUGUAACACCAAUGUGGAAAGAUGCAGACCACCAAAGACGCAGGGAGAUGUUUACUUUUACUUUAAAGGGUAGUGCAACUUGGUUUAGAAUAUAUGUGAUAGAGGCUUAGAUGUUGGAAGAACAAUAACAAGUUUAUUCAGGCACAGAGCUUAGUGGUUACAAUUUUGUUUCUCACUUAGAGGUAUUCUUAUUAACAGUUACAAUACUAGAACGAGAUGAAUCAACUCUCUAAAGUAUCACUUCUUUUACUUAAAGUAGUGAAAACUUCUUCCUCUGCUACUUUUAAACCGUUAGUUCAAUGGAUCUCUGUGAGUCCAGGUGGGAUCGGUUCCCAAAGUCUGAACUUGGACUAUCCAGUGACUUCAAACCACAGUCACCCCUGUGAUAUACUAUCACAGAUUCUCUGUGCCUUUCCAGGACACAGACUACAUUAAAUAAGUCACCAAACUUAUUUAAAACCGAAUCAAAAUGAACAAUUGAUUCUCCUAGAUCCCAUCAACCUGGAAUCAAUCUUCCCUGUGCCUCAUCAGAGCACAGACUGACUGACUUUUUAAAACUCUGCACUUCUUCACUAAACGGCAGUUGGCUCCACCUACUUCUCCAUGGCAACCAGCCUCUGAGUGCUGAGAUGCAAUAACUGUAAUACUUCCCCUUUUAAAACAUAAAUACACAAUUAAACAUAACAUCUGUAAACCAAAAUUCGUACUUCAUUACAGAGAGUCCUUCUAGAAAACUGCUCAGCCGGAAGGGAACCCCAAAGGCCAUCUAGUCUGACCCUAGUCUGUCAUAGAGGCAUGCAAAAUGGAUGCAGUCUGGGAAGGAGACAUAAUGUGCACCUUGCUUAUCCACAAUUGCAACCUCAUUGUUUUUAAUUUGAUGUUUUAAUUCUGUGUUGUUGUUUUUUCACCUAUUGUGUAUAUUUUAUUAUUGGUUUCUGUUGUUGUCCUUUGAUGUUUCAUAUUUUAUCAUUGCUUGUAUUUUGAUUUUGCUGUAUGCCGUCCCGAGUCCCCUUCGGGGGAGAUGGAGGCGGGAUAUAAAUAAACUUCUUCUUCUUCUUC